AUGUCCAGCUACGGUGAUCCCAGCCACUUGAUCGGAAUCAGCGGACUUCUUACUGCCUGCCUUGUUGCGUCCGUGUUCAGCGGCAAUAAUCGGACUGCGAUGACACAGGCUGAGGAUAGGACCGAUCUUGAUACCAUAACCCCCAAUACAACGGGUACCGAUACCACAGACCUCGACCCAACUACAAAGUUUCACACAGACUUCAACGCAACGAGCUUACACGACAGCCGGAUGCCUGGGCACUGUGAACCUGGAUCAGGACCUGCGGAAUCAAUGCAACCUCCACCAACACAUGCUCCGACUUCCGGUACGAUGCCCAAUCACAGUGCAAGAACAGUACACUUUGAUGACUCUGACAACGAUCACCCAAGACAUUCACAGACUUCCCAUGGACAACCACCAACUUCCGCCCCCUCUGCUGCAUCAGAUACUUACGUAACUGCCCAGUCAGAAGCUGGGGAGACCAUGACGAGCAAACAGGAUUCUUCUUGGUGGAACUACUUCACGAGAAGCAAUGAUGUCAGCGCUCCUGGCCCAGAGCAAGUCCCGAAUGUUACAACUCAAGCAGUACCAACAUCACAAGUGCACACGGGAGUGACGGCAGAAGAGAGCCCUUCCACAAGUUGGUUCAAAUGGUUUCCUGGUAGCCGUGAGGUCUCUGGUCCUGUCACCAUUCAACCUUCUACCAACAAGCCUAUUCGCUGUCAAUAUGGACUCACCAGUAUUGCGGAUCAAAGAUUCGUUCCUACCACAAUGGAACAAAAAAUGCUAUUCGGUCAGGCUCCUCGUUCAUACACAUUUGACCUUCUGGACGUUUACCCUUCUUGCAUGACCCAUCGAGGGAAUCGACCCGCAGAUAGGCUACGAAGGACCCUACAUCGCUCUGUCGGACGGCAGUUAGGGCCUCUCCUCAGAAGAGGUACUCUACGUCGUGGAUGA